UGCUCUGAUAGUAACAGGAAAGUAAGCACAAAUCCUCACUGAGACUCUGUUAAGUGAAAAUCAAGUGUUUGAAGCUUCCAUUGCUCCCCCUAAUGGUAGGAAAGCAGAAAACAUCUAGACGUAUGUAUUUCACAUUUGUCAAUUAAAUACUUUAUAGAAACCUUCCUCCAUGUGAGUAUGUUCAAUAUUGUGUUUUAUGUAAGUUCAGAAAACAAACUAAAAGUAAUAAAUAUAUCAGUUAUUAUUAAAUUUCUGGUAUUAUAUGAAAGACUCCUUGCUAUUCUAAGUAAUUAUUAAAUGUUUGGAUUUAAUCGCUUUGCUUAAGUUUUGGGUAAAGGUGAAAAAGUUAAACUCAUAGAUUGUAUAAUAUAAAUCAAUUAUCUAUAGGAACCAAUCCUAUUUUUUCUCAACUGUUACUACAUGAUUGAUUUAUUUAAAAAUUAAACAAGACUCAGACAACUUUACAUUCAAAUAUUCACAUCUCUAACAGCACUGACUUGUCAAAUUACCCCAUGUAUCUUGAAAUGCUUACUACAAGAAGAAAGGUUUACUCUAAAAGGCAUUUUGAACAAUUUUCUUUUGAGAACUCAGACAAAGAAUGGGUAUCAGUGUAACUCAUGAAAUACAUGAAGACUAUCAUAGAAAAGUGACUUUGGUGAAUGGUGGUUAUUUAGGAUUGUCUCCUUUCCAAAAGUACAAUCUCUUUUUUAUGGUGAAGAGAGUAUUAUAACAGGGAAAGAAAGCCGAUGCAAUAGUAAAAACUGUUGAGAAGGGAAUUAUACAAAGAGUGAGACAUGGCAUCAAGAAUGAAUUCAAAAAGAGCAGAAAAUUAUAGGCACAAAAAGAGAUAAUGUACAGAAAAAAAGUCAGUGAUACAACAAUACAAAUUUUUACCUGCUAGAAUGUAAGUAAUUUAGAGCUGGAUUUUAUAAACAUGAAAUUGUUUUUCUAAUACAUUCAACCAAAAGUCAGCACACAUAGUUCAGUCAUCUCUCAUUACUUACAAUAAAAUAUUUUCUAUUUGUUAGGAAAUAAUAUCUUAUUCCCUGGAUCUAUUAUUUCUUUUUAUUGAUUUUCUUUCUAUUCUCUAAACUUAUUUGCUUAAUUUUUAUAACUGAUUCUCUGUCUAUAUUCCAUCUUAUUCUAGCAUGGAUUAUUUAAAACCUGUAUUAGUUUUGGAACCACUAAACAUUUGCUCAGAAGUUUGAAUUACCAGAGAAGCACCCUAACUCUUCAAGAACUUCCAGCCUAAGGAAUCACUGAUUUCAUGCAUUCAUCCUGGAGAUUUUCCUUAAAAAUUAGAAAUAACAGAUCUCAUGUUUCACAAAAUCAAAAUGACAACUUUUGGAGUGGGGGAAUGAGAAGUGGGAAAAGGAUGAUACUGGGGGUUCUUCGUCAGUAUGCUGUAUAUAGCAGUGCAGUUGAAUGACUCCUUCUGUGCGUCAGAAAUCCAAAGCAGCAGCAGCAGCAGCAAUUAGGGAAGAUCGUCACUUUCACUCAAGGUUCAGAAAUGGGGGAGGAGAGCAGGGGGGACAAAGGAAAAGGGGAGGAGAAAGCGGGACGAAGAGGGGAGGGAUGGAGGUGAAGAUAGGGCACAUCCUGCAAAGAUAAUGCCUGUACAAUCAAUGACAUCAUCCUCCUGCUUAUAUAUAUAGGGGAAUGGCCAGAGCACCUCUCAUAGUUCACUCACUUUCAAAGCCAGCUGAAGGCAAAAGGAAGUGCUAGAGAGAGCCCCCUUCAGUGUGCUUCUGACUUUUAUGGACUUGGCUUGUUAGAAGGCUGAAAGAUGAUGGCAGGAAUGAAAAUCCAGCUUGUAUGCAUGCUACUCCUGGCUUUCAGCUCCUGGAGUCUGUGCUCAGAUUCAGAAGAGGAAAUGAAAGCAUUAGAAGCAGAUUUCUUGACCAAUAUGCAUACAUCAAAGAUGAGUAAAGCACAUGUUCCCUCUUGGAAGAUGACUCUGCUAAAUGUUUGCAGUCUUGUAAAUAAUUUGAACAGCCCAGCUGAGGAAACAGGAGAAGUUCAUGAAGAGGAGCUUGUUGCAAGAAGGAAACUUCCUACUGCUUUAGAUGGCUUUAGUUUGGAAGCAAUGUUGACAAUAUACCAGCUCCACAAAAUCUGUCACAGCAGGGCCUUUCAACACUGGGAGUUAAUCCAGGAAGAUAUUCUUGAUACUGGAAAUGACAAAAAUGAAAAGGAAGAAGUCAUAAAGAGAAAAAUUCCUUAUAUUCUGAAACGGCAGCUGUAUGAGAAUAAACCCAGAAGACCCUACAUACUCAAAAGAGAUUCUUACUAUUACUGAGAGAAUAAAUCAUUUAUUUACAUGUGAUUGUGAUUCAUCAUCCCUUAAUUAAAUAUCAAAUUAUAUUUGUGUGAAAAUGUGACAAACACACUUAUUUGUCUCUUCUACAAUUGUGGUUUAUUGAAUGUGAUUUUUCUGCACUAAUAUAAAUUAGACUAAGUGUUUUCAAAUAAAUCUAAAUCUUCAGCAUGAUGUGUUGUGUAUAAUUGGAGUAGAUAUUAAUUAAGUCACCUGUAUAAUGUUUUGUAAUUUUGCAAAACAUAUCUUGAGUUGUUUAAACAGUCAAAAUGUUUGAUAUUUUAUACCAGCUUAUGAGCUCAAAGUACUACAGCAAAGCCUAGCCUGCAUAUCAUUCACCCAAAACAAAGUAAUAGCGCCUCUUUUAUUAUUUUGACUGAAUGUUUUAUGGAAUUGAAAGAAACAUACGUUCUUUUCAAGACUUCCUCAUGAAUCUCUCAAUUAUAGGAAAAGUUAUUGUGAUAAAAUAGGAACAGCUGAAAGAUUGAUUAAUGAACUAUUGUUAAUUCUUCCUAUUUUAAUGAAUGACAUUGAACUGAAUUUUUUGUCUGUUAAAUGAACUUGAUAGCUAAUAAAAAGACAACUAGCCAUCAAAAUCA